AUGGCCGGCGUUGUUCGUCAAUCUAUUACUGUUCCUAUUCCAGAGGAUAUUUCAUUAUAUCAAUUCGUAAGCCGCAAUUUCGCCGCUAAUGCUGAUCGACCUGCUGUGACCGAUGGUAUCACCGGUAAAACUUACAAGUAUAAAGAACUAGAUCGCCUUAUUAAGUGCUUUGCUUCAGCACUCGUAAAGAAGGGCGUCAAAAAAGGCGAUGUGGUUGCAAUUAUUAGUUCAAAUUGCAUCGACUGGGCGGUGGUUUAUUAUGGUGUUUUGGCUAUUGGGGGCAUUGUUACAACAUGCAAUCAUAUGUACACAGAAAAUGAAUUUAAUCACCAAUUAAAAGACUCUGGAGCUCAAUACUUGGUUGCUGAGGAAAGCUGCAUUCCUACAAUCAAUAAACUUGAUAUCACUUUCAAAGAGAAAUUUGUAUUUGGUGUAGCUGAAGGAUAUAUAUCAUAUGUUGAUAUGAUCAGCGAUAGUGGAGAUCAAUUUCCAACUAAUGUUCAAAUUAAUCCGAAGAAAGAUAUUUGCAUUUUGCCGUAUUCCAGCGGUACUACUGGUGUUGCAAAGGGAGUCAUGCUAUCCCAUUACAAUUUAGUAGCAUGCUUGCAACAAGGCCAUCAUGAAGCAGUUAAGCCUGAAGAUUUGAAACGUGUACCUGUAUUGGCUGUACUGCCAUUUUAUCACGCCUUCGGUAUGAUUAUUUUAUUGGCAAGUGGCCUCAGAGACGGAGCUCAAAUAGUAACAUUACCUCGUUUUGAACCCAAUUCUUUCUUGAAAGCAAUCCAAGACUGCAAGGUUCGCCAUAUUGGCAUAGUUCCUCCCCUCGCAUUAUUUUUACUUAAAUCGCCACUUGUUGACAAGUACGACUUAUCGAGCUUAACUGACAUUGGAUGUGGUGCUGCACCGCUUGGAGGUGAAAUUAUGAAUGCUAUUAUCGCAAAGUUCAAUCUGAAAAGAUUUAAUCAAGGAUAUGGUAUGACGGAAUCCUGUGGAAUUCUUACAUUGCCUUUCGAGUGCAACAAGUACAAAAUUGGUUCAGUAGGCACACCUAUUCCAAAUACAGAACUCAAGUUUGUCGAUUUAAAUACAAAAGAAGUUUUGCCGGUUAACAAAGAUGGUGAAUUAUGGGCUAGAGGUCCGCAGAUAAUGAUGGGUUACUUAAAUCGCCCGGAAGAAACAGCAAAUUGCCUCGAUAGCGAUGGUUGGCUACGAACUGGCGAUGUCGGACAUUAUGACGAGGAAGGCCAUAUUUUCAUUGUUGAGCGCUUGAAAGAACUUAUCAAGUAUAAAGGAUUUCAGGUUCCUCCAGCUGAACUCGAAGCUUUAUUGAAAUGCCAUGAAGACAUAGCCGACGCAGCAGUAAUUGGGAUAGAUGACGAAGAAGCUGGAGAAGUUCCGCGAGCUAUAGUUAUCAAAAAGAAUCCUGAAGGUGAUUUAACUGAAAAAAUGGUCCAGGAUUAUGUGGCAGCAAAUGUUGCUCCACAUAAAAAAUUAAGAGGUGGUGUCGAAUUUGUCACUCAGAUCCCAAAAUCUGCCAGUGGCAAAAUUCUACGACGGAUAAUCAAAGAGCAAUACGUAGCCUCACUUCGCAAAUAA